CCGGGGCGGGCGGCGGGUGGUGUCCAUGGAAACCGAGCGCACGCGGAGCGCCGCCCUCCUUCCCGCCGAGCCGCCGCCAUGAUGCUGCUGGGCCGCGGGCUGGACGCCAGGGACAAUCAGACUAGACAAAUACAAGAUGCUGUUUCAAAUGUGGAAAAACAUUUUGGUGAAUUGUGCCAAAUAUUUGCUGGAUAUGUACGUAAAACUGCCAGACUACGAGACAAAGCAGAUCUUCUAGUAAAUGAAAUAUACGCAUAUGCAGCCACAGAGACACCAAACUUAAAAGUUGGACUGAAAAACUUUGCAGAUGAAUUUUCCAGACUUCAGGAUUAUCGCCAGGCAGAGGUUGACAGGCUUGAAGCCAAAGUUGUUGAGCCUCUGAAAAGUUAUGGAACCAUAGUGAAACUUAAAAGGGAUGAUCUUAAAGCCACUUUAACAGCAAAGAACCGAGAAGCCAAGCAAUUAUCUCAACUGGAAAAGACACGGCAGCGGAAUCCGUCGGAUCGACACAUUAUUUCGCAGGCUGAAAGUGAACUGCAGAGAGCUUCACUGGAUGCAACUCGAACAACUCGGCAAUUAGAGGAAACCAUUGAUAAUUUUGAGAAACAGAAAAUAAAGGACAUAAAAAACAUAUUUUCUGAAUUUAUAACUAUUGAAAUGUUAUUCCAUGGCAAAGCUUUAGAGAUAUACACUGCUGCCUACCAAAAUAUCCAAAAUAUUGAUGAAAAUGAAGAUCUAGAGGUUUUUCGGAGCUCACUUUAUCCACCAGACUAUCAGUCUCGCUUAGACAUAGUUCGUGCAAAUUCAAAGUCUCCCCUGCAAAGAACUGGCUCCUUAAAGUCUUCACUGAGGACAAUACAGCUUUCCAGCAGUAUGCUAAGAAAAGACGAAGAAGAAGAAGAGGAGGAGGAAGAUGAAGAUGAGGAAGAGGAGGAGGAAUUAGAUGCUACUAAGGAAGUGAGAUAACAAUACAGUUCUAAGAGUCUUUUCUUGGGUUUUCUGAUUGGGAAAAAAAUAAUCCUUUUGUGUGUUAAUCAAAAACUUCACUGAGGCUGUAUUUUUAACAUUCCAACAGGAGCAAGAAUUGGCAGUACUAGUAGAGUGCCAGACAAUGAAUGACCAGGUUCAAAGAAUGGAAUAAAAAUCUGCUGAAAAUGGACCACUUCAGUAGCUAGAAACUGAAAUAUUUAAAUAGAAUCCUGCAUUUUAAUUGCAUAGAUAUAUAUUGCAGUCACAUUUGCUUAAACUUACGAUGAACAGUGUCCAAAAACUGCACUAAGCUGACAAGCAGCUAUGAACAUAAGGGUUUGCUUGUUACUUUGCCAAUAUAUUAUUUUUUAGAUACACACCUCUUGGAUUUUUUCAGUCCUCUAGCUAUAUCUGUCAUAAUUGGUUUUAUAUGUCCUAAAGCAACUGUAGUUACUCAAGAAACUGAUUAGAGCAACAAUCCUGUUAGACUUUAUUUUGUUACCCACCUUGGAUGGCAGAAGGCAGGGUGAGGUUUAUUGUUUUCUCCUUUUCCACAGGCUUGACUCAGAUGACUUUUGAUUCCUUUGCACGUACAGAAUGAACAUUCACAGAAGUCCCUAGCCUAGUAUGUACUUUUAGUGCUGCUUUGCUUUUAACUAAAAGUGCCUUCAUAAUAACACUAAUUGAUAUUUUAUAUAGUUGACAUUUAUUAUAUUAGUUGACAUAUAUAUAUAGUUCAAGUUUCAUGCGUUUAACUAGUUGCUUCAGUUAGCAGUUCCAUCAAACAGACAAGAAAUUGCACAGUUUGAGUGUAAUUUCUUGCCCUAUUUGGAGAUGGUGGUUAUGCAUGUUCAUUUUUUAAUAGCAUACAACUGUCUGCCAGAAAGUUGCUACAAUAUUAUCUCCAGCUUUAGUAUCUGCUAAAGAAAGAACACAUGUAUAAAUUGAGAAUUUAAACUUGUAACUGGGAAAACAAUCUUAAAUUAUAACCAAAUACUCUUUUGGUUACGGAAAUAAACCAGGAAAUGCAUUUUUAAUAUUAGUGCUGCCUUUGUCCACUGAUGCGGAGUAUGCAAAGUAUACUUUUUUUGGCAAGUGAAAAAACAGGUUUUGCCAAAAAUUAAUGUGAUGAAAAUAUAAGUGAAAAUGUCACAAUAUAGGAUUCUGUUUUAAACCCAGAAAAUAGUUCUACACCAAUUACAUACUGUUGACACUGAACUACUCUUCACAAGGAGCAGAAUACUAAUGAGGAAGACUUUAAAAGUAUCUACAUAACUAAUUCCUGUCUAUUUCAGCGAGUAGGGCACUUCAAUGAAUAUUUGUGUCACAACAUCAGAAUUAGGAUAAUCACCACUCUACCAUUUAAUAAUCAGUGAAGUCAUGUAGUCCAUCUCCAAAACAGUAACUUCAUGGCUACAUCAGGUUUUCAUAUAAUACACAUAUAUGCAAAUAGUGAUAUUUUUUUUCUGUACUAUGCCUUCUGACUAAAAAAGGAAGCAGUGUUUAAUUCCCAUUAAAAGAUUAGUAGCUAGAGUUCAGAAAGAGAAUUGGGUUUUUUCCUCAGCAAUUUCAAAUUCCUCCUCUACUAACUCACAAAAAAAAGUUGACUUUAGGAAUUACAGAAAAACUUACAGAAAGGGAGAAAUACAGUGUUGGGCAACUUUGUCCUGCGCAUAUGAAGACUUAAGUUUUCAUGUUAAACAGAAAUUGUGUGACCUCAAAACUACACAUGAAAAAGUCAUGUCCUGUUAUUAUUUAACUGAUGUCCUGGAAUGCCCUCCCAAUUCCCCUCUGCUUCACAUCAUCUCUGUGUAUGCUGAAGUACACCUUUUGUCUUUAUAGACCUAUAAAAAAAAAACCAACAUAUUUUUGGCCUAUCAGUCAGACAUUUCAAAUUAGAGAUUCUGACUACUCUAGGUUAAUCUGUCUUUAAAUUAAAGGCAAAGUAGCUAUAAGGCAAAAAAAUGCCUUAAUUAUGGCCUCUGCCAUUAUAAGCUGUGUGACUCUUUUUAUGUAUUCACAGGGGGGAAUGUUUACCAUCCCAACAAUUAAUGUUAUCAGCAAUUACUCUAACUUUAUUGAGAACAGAUAAUGCUUUUUCCAAAAGAUACUCUCACACUUUACUGGCAAAAAACAUACUAAACUCGCUUAUCUUCCCAGCCUCCAAAUCCUUUUUUUCAUUACAAGAAUCCACAUGUGUGUACAACACUAUUCUAGAACUAGUAAAACAUUUAACAAUUUAUUUUCAGUGUCUGAAAUAGUUUAGUUAUUGUUUAGUUGCUAGAAGAGCUUUAAAACCAACAAAUCAUCUAAAGCUGAUUAACUGGAGAGGUUAGUUGCAUUCACAUUUAAACACAGCUGAUAAUGUAGAGGCAAGAAUUAGUAGUAAAGAUGAUGCUAGCUUACAAAAAUAAUCACAAUUAAGUUUUCAUAGCAUGAUUAGGUCAGAGAAGUUUAUUUUGAGGUUUCUCAUAACACAUCUUUAUUUUCCCUGCAAAGUCUUCUGACUCCUUGAACUCUUUUAUAGCAAGUAUGAAAUAAAAGCACCAAGUUGCUGGGUUUUAUUUUAAUUCCUUUUCAAUUCACAGGAGGAUUCAGAACAGUAUGCUUCUGAAGCUAAUUUCCACCAGACAACAAAAAAAAAAAAAAAAAAAAAA